AUGGCAACCCCAAACUGUUUGCUACUCUGGGUGUUACUCAUAGCAGAUACUGUGUGGACACAGAGUGUGAGACAGGCCUACGAAGUACAGGACCCAGAGGAUUGGGAUGUCCAGGAUGACUUCUAUUGUCCCAGAGAAUGCUUCUGUCCACCUAGUUUCCCUACUGCCUUAUACUGUGAGAAUAGAGGUCUCACAAAAAUCCCUCCUAUUCCUUCAAGGAUCUGGUACCUCUACCUGGAAAACAACCAGAUUGAAUCAAUACCAGAGAAGCCAUUUGAGAAUGCCACCCAGCUGAGAUGGAUCAAUUUAAACAAGAACAAAAUAACCAACUACGGGAUUGAGAAGGGGGCCCUAAGCCAGCUAAAGAAGCUCCUUUUCCUGUUUCUAGAAGAUAAUGAGCUAGAGGAGGUACCUUCUCCAUUGCCAAGAAGUUUGGAACAAUUACAAUUAGCUAGAAACAAAGUAUCCAGGAUCCCUCAGGGGACCUUCAGUAAUCUGGAAAACCUGACCCUCCUUGACCUACAGCAUAACAAACUGUUAGACAAUGCCUUUCAAAGAGACACCUUCAAGGGGCUUAAGAAUCUCAUGCAGCUAAAUAUGGCCAAGAAUGCCCUAAGGAACAUGCCCCCAAGAUUACCAGCCAACACCAUGCAACUCUUUCUGGACAACAAUUCCAUCGAAGGAAUACCAGAAAAUUAUUUCAAUGUGAUUCCUAAAGUGGCCUUCCUGCGGCUCAACCACAAUAAACUGUCUGAUGCAGGUCUCCCGUCGAGGGGUUUUGAUGUCUCAUCUAUUCUAGAUCUUCAACUGUCUCACAAUCAGCUCACAAACUUCCCUCGAAUCAAUGCUAAUCUGCAGCACCUCCACCUCGAUCACAACAAAAUUAAAAAUGUGAACAUGUCGGUAAUAUGUCCCACCACACUGCGUGCAGAACAGGAUGCCUUCCUUCACGGACCUCAACUGAGCUACCUGCGUCUGGAUGGGAAUGAGAUCAAGCCACCAAUCCCAAUUGACUUAGUGGCAUGCUUCAAGCUUCUUCAGGCUUUCAUAAUAUAA